AUGAGUAUACUACUACAUCAAUCGGAAAAUGAAUUAGACGAAUGUACAUCGAGUCAAAAUGGCGACGACGAUCAAGAACAAAACGAUUUAAGAAGCGACAUAAGCGAUUUACACGAUGAUUUUAAAUCAUCAUCAUCGCCGUCGGGUAGCGGAAGUAAGAAAAAAAAACUCGCGACCGGUGGUCCCACGUCAUCGAAUAACGAUUCUAAAACUACUGGUGGCGGUGGUGGUGGUGGGGGUAAACCAAGAAGAGCAAGAACGGCAUUCACAUACGAACAAUUAGUUGCAUUAGAGAAUAAAUUUAAAACGACAAGAUAUUUAUCCGUUUGCGAAAGGUUAAAUCUCGCAUUGAGUCUCAGUUUAACGGAAACCCAAGUGAAAAUAUGGUUUCAAAAUAGGAGAACAAAAUGGAAGAAACAAAAUCCUGGAAUGGAUGUUAACUCACCGACUAUUCCUCCUCCUCCAAACGGUCCUUCUGGUCAUUUCGGACCACCUUUCUCCCAUCAUCAUUCUCAUACGGCUGCCAUGCUUUACGCUGCCGCAUCACAUCACAUUCCAUAUCCGUAUCCGGUAUUGAGUUCUGCUACCACGAAUCCAUAUUUUCAUCAUUUCAAUCAUUCUCAUUCUCACAGCAGUUCAUGA